AUGUCAGAAUUAGAUAUUCAAUAUGAUAAUUUGCGAACUGAUAGUUUCGAAACUGAUGAUGCUGAUUUAGCAGAAAGUAUAACAACCAAACAAACUAAUGAAUUAACAAAUACUAGUGAAGAAACUGAACUUAACACAGUUUCACUUAAUUUACGAGAGGCUUCUUGGGUUUGGGAACAUUUUUCAAAAGAAUAUAACACUAGAAAUGAACUUAAAUCAUUUAUUUGUACUAUAUGCCGCCUUAAAUAUAAGCCAACCAAUACACCAGGAACUCUUGCUAAACAUUUAUAUAACAAAUAUAAUAAUCUGGUUGGUAAUCGACAAAGUACUCUUGAUAAAUUUGUAG